AUGUCGACAACAACCACCACGACUGAAACAGCACCAAGCUACAUUCCACGAGGCCCAACAAAAGCCGAAUUAACCUUCUACGCCCCACCAACCGACGGCACCAACGAACCCCAACGCAACUACCUCGAACACACUCAAAAUGUCUCUCUAACGGACAUCCGCGGCUCCGAACAAAACUUCAACCUAGACAAAGACGCCUUCCAAGCCCUCUCACAAAUCCCCACAAAAACAACCUACGACACCUUCGACUCAGACGCCGCCGUCCGCGAAAUCUACUACCCUGAAGUCGAGUCCCUCCUCCUCACACACGUCCCGGGGGCACACAAAAUAGUCCUCUUCGACCAUACAAUUCGCCGCCAGAAAGAGGGUGCACCGCGGCAGCCUGUUAAUCGCGCACAUGUGGAUCAAACGCCUCGCGCGGCGGCGGAUCGAGUCAGACUACACGUUUCCGACCCAGAGGAGGCGGAGAAGUUACUCGCAGGCCGGUACCGGAUAAUCAAUGUCUGGCGACCGCUGACGAGUGAACCGGUUCAAUCUGCACCGUUGGCAUUUGCGUCUGCGCAAUCGGUUGACGGGAAUGAUCUGGUUCCCAUUCAGCAUCGGUAUCCGAAUCGGACGGGUGAGACGAUGGGGGUGAAAUACAAUCCGGACCAGGAGUGGCAUUAUUGGUCGGGUAUGACGAGUGAUGAGUGGUUACUUUUGAAGUGCUCGGAUUCUGAGGGGUUGAAGGGGGGUGAGGUUAAGCAGUGGGUGCCUCAUUCUGCGUUUUGGGAUCCUAGGACGCCCGAGGGGGCCAGGGUGCGCGAGAGCAUUGAGGUCAGGGCAUUGGUUUUUGGAUAG